AUGUUACAGUUACCAUACAUACUCGGUAGAGGGAAGCUAUUGGAAGGUAUUAGGGCUGCUUCCAUCACUGAUCCUCGAAAUUUUCAGGCAGUUGCGAAAUGUCGCAAGCACGGCGCUACCGUAUGCUCCAUUGAGUCUGAGGAGGAGAAUGACCAUGUUUGUAAGCAUUAUUGUGGGUGUAAAGGAAAGGAUGUUUGGAUUGAUAUGCACCGUAUGGUGUCUGAGGAUGGUGCUAAUAUUGAAUGCUUGGAUGGUGAAGAUAAGCAAUGCUAUUACGAAACUGAUCCAACUUCAAAAAAUCCAUGGGCAAAUGGUUGCCCAGCUAAUGCUUCAAACAUGGAUGACGGCAAUUAUGGCAAGAAAAACUGCUGUGUAAUUUCAAAUGGUAAAUGGAAGGAUGUGGGUUGUACACGUCCUAUAAGCAAAGUGCUUUGCAAAAAAGAAUGUGUUAAGCCUUGAUGAAUUUAUAAAACUUGAAAUGGGUUUUAAUUUUAAAAAUGGGUUGGAAUUUAAUGGGUGGAUUUCAAUGGGUGGAUUCUUAU